AUGCAGUCCCUUAUCAUCUUCGUCUUUGGUCUCUUCUCCCUCCUUGGCUCUGCUUUGGGCAACAAGGUCAUCUUCAUCAACAAGACCCCUCAUGAUCGCGUUGUCUGCUGGUACCCCGGUGCACUUCCAGGUACAGACCCAAAGAAUCCCCAACACUACCCACCAAUCCCAGGCACUUUUGUCAAGGCAUGGGGUCGCGGUGCUACACCUCCUAUAGUGUGGGGCGGUGACUACAUGUUCAAGUCUGUCUACAUCACAACUGGUGAAAAGGGAGACUGCAAUAGCCACCACAAUGUCGAGGGUGAAGUCAAGUUCAAUGGCAACUAUGGAUAUACUUGGUUCGACCUUUCGGUCGUCAAGACCAAUGAGUUUGGCUUGGGACCUCAAAAUGAACAAAUCCACUGGCUUCGACCCGCAGGCGGAAAUUACCCUCUAGCCGGCUGCUCUGUCUUCCCCUGCAACAAUCUUUUCAAGUUCCCCGGAGACACCGACUACGUUCUCUCUACUACUCAGCCCGAGUUGACUGCCAUCAUUUGCGACGGCCCAUGCGAUUCUUCAUAA